UAUUACAGUAGUUUGUUGAUAGCCAGCCCCACGUACGGACGUGCACGGGAAUACGGAAAACAAGUCCGCAGCAAACGAUCAGGAGAUCGAUGUGGGUCUACAUUAUUUACCGACAACCCACAACAAUUGCCAGCAGCAGAAACUGAAGAACAAUAGAGCCAAAGAGAUUGCGCGGUGUCAGCAGAAGUGAAGAUCUCUUCGAUGUGCAAAAUCGCCUCAGGCCAGUGGUCUUAGAGGCCAAUCAAAGUCUGUGUGGCCCUAGGAUUAGGUAACCAGAGACGCGAAUAGUUCUAUCAGCAGCAAGCAGGCGCAUCGCAUUAAAAAAUAAAAACAGCCAUAUCAGCAGUACUUCCUGCACAUUGACGUACUUCAAUCAAAUAUGAAGCCAUUGUGUCAGUUGGCCAUCCGCUGAUGGUUGGAGCGCCCCCAGAGAGCUCUGUUCACAGCCACCAACAAAAACAACAACAAAAGCAAGUGGAUGGCAUUGACUCGAAUGGGCUAAAUGGAAAUGGAUCCGAUGAUUAGACAGAGUUACCAUCAUCUGUGGUCUAGCCACAUUUGGCUUUUGAUACUGCUUUACAUCUGUGGCGGAUGCCAAAAAGCUCACGGCCACUUUGUGGAUUACACAGAGAACACAGAGCUGAUACAGCAGCGUGCCGGCUACGAUGUGAAGCUGCAGUGCAAUCUGAAGGGUCUGCUGGACGAUAGCAAGCUGGCCGACAUCCAGAUACAUUGGUACUUUAAGCAAUGCAGCGACAACAAUUGCUAUCAGCCGGAGGCGGCCGAUGACUGGACAGCCCUGCCCUGCGAGCCAAGUCUGUGCCGGCCGGAGCUCUGGCUGCGCAACGUAACGGAGCGCUAUUCGGGCCUCUACAAGUGCAGCAUCAAUCCGCAUGUCUGGGACGCGACGCAGGCAGUGGACGUGCAGCUGGUGCGCACCUACCAGCUGGAUGUGAAGAACAGUUCGCUGGCAGCGCCCGAGUUCAUGGACUCGUAUCCCAGCAACAAGACCGCCCCGCUGGGCAGUCGAGUGGUGUUCCAGUGCAGGGUGCACAGCGAGGAGCAUCCAACCAUUAAAUGGUUCAGGCGGCACACCUACGUGGGUUCGCUGCCAGCUGGCGAGGGGCCACCCUCCACGUUGCCAGCCUCCAAUUUCAGUGCACACAUCGUGCGCUACAAUGGCCGCACAUAUGAGCCGCUGUCCACGGACUCAGAGAUGCUGAUCGGACCGCAGAUCUAUCUCAGCAAGCUGAUUCUCGACGGCGUGCGACUGCGGGACGCCGGCCACUACGCCUGUGCGGCCAUCAGCUAUCGCGGCCACAAGAUUCGCGAGGCCUUUCUGGACGUGCUGCCAGCUGAGGAGCCGCAGGAGGAGUACUGGAUCGACUAUGACAACAGCGAUGAGGGUGCUGCCGCUGGCAGUGAUCCACGCGAGUUUCUGCUGCUCUUCCUCAUGCCCUUGGGCCUGGCGCUGCUUCCGUUGACCGUCUGGUGCAGCUAUCUGGUGUACAAGCGCUGCUCCGGACACGGUGACUGCCAGAGCAUGAGCUCGGACGAGGAGUUAGACACGGAGCGGUGUGUGCUGGGUGGCUGAACUGAACGGG